UAGGGAGGGCCAGUCCAAGAAUUUAUUUGUUCAUUCUACAAAAAAAUAAAAAUUCAUUUCUGAGACUACAAGGCAUGUAUGUUGUUGAUUCUGCCGGCAGAGUAGGAUAUCCCUCACAAUCCACACUAUGUAAUACUUUAACAUUUUACUGUCACUUUUAUCCUACCACAACUCAGAUGCCAUACAUUUUCAUAGAAUUCUACUGGAUACUGAUAUGCAUGUUUCUUGAAAUCAAAUAUCAUAGUUUGUCGACAUGGGUCCUUAUCUGGUUGGUGUCGUUGUUCCUAUUGUAUUGGCUCUUCUCCUUCACAGCUCCAAGAAAGGGAAAAAGCGGGGUUUGCCUGUUGAUGUUGGGGGUCAACCUGGCUUUGCUAUCCGAAACAGUCGUUUUACUUCUCCAUCAGAAUCAUCACAGGCAGGUAUUUCAACACUUGCAGAACUCUUUGAGCAAUCAUGCAAGAAGCACCAUGACAAGAAAUUUCUUGGGACCCGGAGACUUAUUUCAAGUGAAAUAGAAGUUUCUGAGGAUGGAAGAUCAUUGGAGAAACUUCAUUUGGGUGAUUAUGAGUGGUUAAGCUAUUGCAAAGCAUUUGAAACUGUCUGCAAUUUUGCUUCUGGUUUGGUACAGCUCGGCCAUAACAAGGAACGACUAGCCAUCUUUGCUGAUACACAAGAAAAAUGGAUGAUCGCGUUGCAGGGUUGCUUCAGAAACAAUGUAACAGUUGUGACCAUAUAUGCAUCUUUAGGAGAAGAAGCUCUACGUCAUUCAUUAAAUGAGACAGAAGUGACAACUGUGGUCUGUGGAAAACGAGAACUAGAUAAGCUUCUAGAUGUCUCUGGACAACUUACCACAGUUAAACGUGUAAUAUGCAUGGAUGAUGAAAUCUCAGCACAUAAGUCGACGAUUCAGAGCUAUUGGACAAUUACAUCCUUUUCUAACGUCGAAAGACUUGGCAGAGAUAAGCCUGUCACCGCUAAUUUACCUGUUUCAACUGACAUCGCUGUUAUAAUGUAUACAAGUGGUAGUACUGGUUUGCCUAAGGGUGUAAUGGUGACACAUGGCAAUAUUUUAUCUGCGGUUUAUGGUUUCAUGAAGAUUGUUCCUGACAUCGGAAGCAAGGACACACAUUUAGCGUACCUUCCUCUGGCGCAUAUUCUUGAACUAGCAGCUGAAAAUAUUGUAGUUGCAGCUGGAUGCUCAAUAGGAUAUGGAUCUCCAUUGACUCUAACAGAUACAUCAAACAAGAUUAAGAGUGGGACAAAGGGGGAUGUCUCCGCGUUAAGGCCAACUCUAAUGCCAGCCGUUCCAGCAAUUCUUGAUCGUAUCAGGGAUGGUGUGUGGAAAAAGGUAGAUGCAACAGGCGGGCUACCAAAGAAACUGUUUGAUUUGGCAUAUGCUCGUCGACUGGCUGCCAUAAAUGGCAGUUGGUUCGGUGCUUGGGGUUUAGAAAGUCUGUUUUGGAACUUCCUCAUCUUCAGAAAGAUUAGGAAAAUUUUAGGAGGCCGUGUUCGUUUUAUGCUGUCUGGAGGUGCUCCUCUUUCUGGAAAUACUCAAAGAUUUACCAACAUCUGCCUCGGUGUCCCGGUAGUUCAAGGUUAUGGGCUCACCGAGACAUGUGCUGCUGCAACUUUCUCCGAGCAUGAUGAUACAUCCAUUGGUCGUGUUGGACCUCCACUUUCUUGCGCCAUCAUCAAGUUGAUAGAUUGGCCUGAAGGCGGCUAUUUGGCGAAUGAUUCUCCAAUGCCUCGGGGAGAAAUAGUUGUUGGAGGGCCACAUGUUAGUGUUGGUUAUUUCAAAAACGAUGAGAAAACAAAGGAAGUGUACAAGGUUGAUGACAGGGGAAUGAGGUGGUUCUACACAGGCGACAUAGGGCGGUUUCAUGAUGAUGGCUGCCUUGAGAUAAUUGAUCGCAAAAAAGAUAUUGUGAAACUUCAGCAUGGUGAAUAUGUCUCAUUAGGAAAGGUUGAGGCUGCUCUUGUUAUUAGCCCUUAUGUUGAGAUCAUUGUGUUGCACGCUGAUCCUUAUCGCGACCAUUGUGUGGCUUUAGUGGUGGUUUGCCGGCCAGCAUUGGAGGAUUGGGCGUUAAGUCAGGGCAUCAAAUAUGUGAGUUUCUCAGAUUUAUGCUUCAAGGAAGAUGCAGUUAAGGAAGUUCUUGGAUCUCUCAGAAAGGCAGGAAAAGAGGCAAAACUGGAGAAAUUUGAAAUCCCAACAAAGAUCAAGUUGCUUUCUGAAAUGUGGAACCUAGAAUCAGGACUUGUUACUGCAGCUCUUAAGAUAAAAAGAGAUGCAAUCAGGAAAACAUUCGCAGCUGAACUUGCGCAACUAUAUUCGCCAUAAGUAAUCCAUAUGACAUUUCAUUAUGUCUGUCCUAAAUUUCAGUUUACUGGGAUAAUUACAAGGAACUCGGUACAAUUAUGCAAGUCCCUAAAUACACAAUUAUUGGUAUUUUCUCAUGAAUUAUAUAGGUUUGUUAACAUAUAUUACUGUAUAUCUCCUGCUUUGAUUAUUUAUUCAGUUUAGCCACAUGGCGAUUUAUAGUUUUUGCUGCUCAUUCAUCCCAACUAACAAUUGUUCGGAUGUUCAGGGCUCAUAAUUAAGAGAAUAAACAAAUUAAACUUUAAUUGUUGGGUUAA